AUGGCCCUCCUGGGGAUGAAGACUGUAGUUGCGUCUGUCGUGGCUCUUUUGCUCUUACGAUCGCUUCUGCGGCGCGUUUAUCUUCGCCGCACUGGCAAGCUGGUGCCCGGCAGCACUGCGGUUAUCACCGGUGGUGGUUCCGGCAUCGGCCUGGAGUUUGCCCGCCUCUUCGCCAAGGCAAAUUGCCAUGUUGUGCUCGUCGGCCGCAACGCCGAAAACCUGCGUGCGGCGCAAGCCUCGUGUUUGUCGCUGGGAGCCCCAACCGCCGCGUACGUCGUCGCCGACCUCACCACAGUGGAGGGCACCAGUAAAGUGGGGGACGCCCUGCGGGCACGGCAGGAGCCCCUCAAGUACUUGGUUCUCAACGCCGGGGCGGGUGCCAUUGCUGCCUUCUCAAGUGACCCAAGUUUCACAGACAACUGCAAUGAAUUGAUGCAGAUCAAUUACUUUUCAAAUGUUCGUUUGCUGCAGCAGUUGUUGCCACUGCUCGAGAAAGCACACUCCACGACAGCUCCGUCGAGGAUCGUUGUUUUGUCGUCUUUGGCGGGUGUGCUACCUUCAAUAUAUCGCAGCGCAUAUACGGCAUCCAAGCAUGCUAUUCAGGGAUUCAUGAACGCGCUUCGCGGAGAGACGGCGGUGGCGAUCACGUUGUGUUGCCCCGGCUACGUUGACACCGAUUUCCACCAACGGGCCCAACUCGCUGGUAGUUUUGCCUCCAGCAACACACGCCGCGGUGUGUCAGCGAAGGAGUGUGCACGUGUUUGUCUGGAGGGUGCGCUUCGCGGCGACAGUGAGGUGAUAACAACACUUUCUGGUAAACUUGGCUACAUCCUGCGGCCUAUAUUUACGAAAUUUAUCGAUGCCCAGGCAAAGCGGAUCAGCCUCCACUCACUGCAGAAGUAG